UUCAUAUAUUUUCAGAAAAAUCCAAUUGUUAUAUAAUGUUCGAAAAUAUGAAAAGAGCACGCACGGUUGUAGUCUGACGCUCUGAAACUACAAACAUGGCGUUCAAAGAGAUUUGGCGCCAGCGAGUGUCCAACUUCCUCUUCCAGGUGGUGACUGAUCGAUUAACAAUCGAUCGAUGAGCUACAGCACAGGUUUCAUGAUGUCCAGAUAUUCUACAGAUUUUGGCUAUGGGCGGAAAGAAUCUCAUAAGAACAACUGUAGCGCCAAUGGAGCAAAUGUUUCGUCUUUAUUUAAAGAACGGACUUUGUCCUUCAGUUGCCUAUCUGCUCCCACUAGAACCAGUCUAUGCACAAAAACAGACCAGUCAAAUGUUACCAAGCCACGACACGUGGCUAAUGGGUACUUGAACCAUGAUAAGGAUAAGGCUAGCAAUGCAGCUCCUGUAAGGGCGAAAAGGAAAGAAACAUUUUUAGCUGCAGGAGGCAUUGUGGUAAACGGGACCACCGAUGAGCCCCAUGUGUUGGCCACCUCUGAGCAAAGAGCAACAAAACCUGGCCCACCUGAGACAGCAAAGGUGAAAAACAAGAGGAGGAGUAAAAAAAGGAGAAAGGUCUGCAUUGAAGGCACACAAUGUAUCUUAAGAGGCACUGAAUUUGCGGAUCGAAAGAAGUUAACAUUGCAGCCACCGGAGGAGGAGGAGGAAGACUGGGAAAAAGAAUGUGAAGCUCACUUGCAAAAGACACUUGCCCUUCAACCUUAUGGUACAGAAGAUGCAUUUGCGAUGGCUUUUCAGGAUUUAACAGUGAAACAAUGGGAAGAUGUGCCAAGCACAGCCAGUUACAAUCCAGCCAUCCACCACCCAGGCCCACUCCGGUUGUUCCGCUCCAGAAUCGCUAUUGAGCCUGAACAGUUUGCCGAUGCGUAGGUCCGCUUUCUACUGAUCAUCAUGAUUUGCUGCAGUCCAACUUGUUAGCCCUUAAUGGCAGUUUUGAAGAUCAAGUUUGAGUAAUUCUGAGGUUUGUUUUCGUCAUUGAAAACAUAAGUUGAAAAAUAUUAACAUACUUGUAAUUUGUUUUUAAAAGUGAAUAUGAGAUAUUAUAUUGUAGCUUUUAUUUCAUAUUGUUACAGUCCGAUUUUACUAUUGUUUGUCGUUUUGAAUGUUUUUGCCAGAUGAAUACGACUUUUUUUAUUCAGUUUUAGUAACAUUUUAGUCUAAGCGCUUUUAAUUUCCAUUACUAAUCAUUGCAGUUGAUCAUUGAGUUUUAUUAGAUAAAUAAUUGGAGUUUUCAAUCCUGUGCAGUGUACAAUCAGUUUUACUUGCAUAACGCCGCAUGUAAAAUCCAACUAGUAGAUUGUCAUUUAUUGGCUCUGACCUGCUAUACACUUGCAUAACUAAAAUAAAUCAGAUGUUCCGAAGCUUAAA